AUGAUUUACAAUGACAUUUUAAGUUUCUGUGCAAAUAAAUUAAGAGGAAUAAUUACUUGUAAGAUAUUUAUAUGUUUAUUAAUAUUAUUUAGGUUAUUUAAUUGUUUAUUUGUUGUAACCUCAUUUUAUGCUGAUGAAUAUUUUCAAUCUGUGGAAAUAGCUCAUUUCUGGGUUUAUGGAUAUGGACAUAUGCCAUGGGAAUGGGAACCUUGUAUUACAUUAAGAUCAGUAAUAACUCCUUUUAUUUAUUAUUUAUUAUUUUUAUUUUUAAAAAUAAUAAACAUAGAUUAUCCUCUUUGUGUAUUAUAUUUGCCCAAAAUAUGUCAUGCUAUAUUUGCUGCUUUAUGUGAUUUGGGUAUAUAUAAAUUAUUGGUAUAUUGGUAUAUUGAAUUGUAUAAUGAUUUUGGUAUAUGUGAAGAUAAAAUAGAGACUAAUACUAUAAAUACAUAUAUAAAUAUUAAAGAAAAAAAUGUGAAUCAUCAAAAUAACAACAAAAAUAAUAUUAAUAACAAUAAUAAUAAUAAUAAUAAUAAUAAUAUUAUGUUUUUCAACCCAUAUGAUUUAAUCUGUACAAUAUUAUGUUGUCAUUUAUUUUGUUGGUUUUAUUUUUAUUCCAUUUGUAGGACAUCCUCUCAUUCCUUUGAAUGCUUAUUUAAUAUAUGGGGUGUAUAUUUUUUAUCACAAAAUUAUUACCCACUAAAAAAUAAAUCAAACAAUAUGGAAAAGGUUCACAUAUUAUUACAGAACAGUUUAAUGAUAAAAAAAGGAAAGACAAAUUUAAAUGAAUGCACAAAAUUAAAAGAAAGAAGAGAAGACCAGCAUCUUUUUUAUGCAUACGAAAAGGAACAUAUAUAUGAAAAAGGAAAACAAAAUUGUAAACAAAAUGACAAUAAUAUGUAUGAUAAAAAAAUGUAUGAUAAAAAUAUGUAUGAACACAAUAUGUAUGAUCACAACAUGUAUGAACACAAUAUUUAUAGUACAACACAUUUGGAGUGCUCCAAAUUUAAUAAAAUAAGAGAGAUAAAAAAUUUAUUAUUUAGUUUAUUUUUUAGCUCCUUGUCUGUUAUAUUUCGUCCGAAUGCUUUAAUAUUUUGGUUGUCUUUAUAUAUACUAUAUUUUAUAAAGAAUAUAUUUGACAAACAAAAUAAAAUAAGUUAUAAAGAAAUAUUCUUCAUAGCACUUACAUACACAGUUUUCUUCUUAACUAUUAUUAUUAUAAUUGAUUCUUAUUAUUUUGGACACAUUACAUUUCCAUUUUUGAAUUUUUUUGUUUAUAAUUUUUUAAGUGGAAACAAUAAAUAUUUUGGAGGACAUUCUUUUUUUUUUUACUUUUUUUGUGUUAUACCUUCUAUAUAUUUAACCUUAACACCUUGUUUGUUUUAUGGAUAUUAUAUUAUAUAUAAUCAUAUUAUGAAUAGAAGAAAGUAUAAAACAAUUAAUAUAUAUAUGUAUAUAUUGAAGCGAAUUGAUUGGAUAGUAUAUUUUGUUACACAUUUAGAAAUUUUAUCUUUAUCAUUUAGUAAACAUAAGGAACAUAAAAUUGUUAUUGGAUAUAUACCAUUUCUUACCAUUUUUAUUGGAUAUGCAUUAUAUAUAAUAAAAUUAGAUAUUAAAAAGUAUAAUAAUAAAAAUGUAAAAAAUAUAGAAAAUAUAAAAUAUAUACAUAAUAAUAAUAUAAACAAACAUGAUAAUAUAACCAUAAAGGGGAAAAAUAAAUCUAUUUUUUUCAUUUCAUCUGCUCUUUUUAUAAAUAUAAAUUUUAUACUUCAAUUUUUAUGUAUUCUUUUUUUCUGCCUUAUACAUAACAGAUCACCAGAACAAGUAGCCUCUUAUUUUAGAAACUUAAAAACUAAAGAUGAUCAAAAUAUUUAUAUAUUUAUUACAGAUUGUUAUGAUAUACCUUUAUAUUCGCAUAUACAUAGAAAAUUUAAUAUUGGGUUUUUAGAUUGUUCACCUUAUGACACAAAUAAUGAUAAAGCUACCAAAAGCUGGAGAAAACGUAUAUUGGAAGAUAAAUUUAAACAACAAUUUUUUAAUAUUUUUCAAGAAAAUAAAAAUAAUAAUAAUAAUGAUAUAAAUAAUACAUAUGUAGAUACUAUUACUCCAUAUAUAAUACCAGAUAAAUCAUUUUAUUGGUUUGGACAUCAUCAUUUUAAUAAAAAAAAAAAAUUUCAAUAUAUUUAUCAAAACAUAAAUUUCUCAUGCUUAAAUUAUAGAUUCCAUAUACCUUUACGUGGUCAAUUACCUACUUAUAUAGUUACUACAACUAUUGAACUUACACAUUUACAAUUAUUUUUAAGUACAUAUAAUUAUAAACUUGAAACAAAGCCUUUUUUUUCUUAUUUUAUGAUUGAUGAAGCAAAAAGGAUAGUUCCAGUAUAUCAUUACAUAUUCAAGAGGACUCCUUAA